AUGGCAAAGGUAGUCAAUGGGAUGAUGAAGGACGGGUACAAUGAACCAGCGGAUGAUGAGCAUCAGACAGUGAACCUAAUUGUUGCAUUGAAAAAGACACGAGUGAAAGACAGAUCAGCUUUGUACUUUCUCUAUAAUGCAGUAGAUGAAUAUGGAUUCGAAAAAAUAGCUCAUGCAAAGUCAGGAAAAGAAGCAUGGGAAAUUUUGAAGGUGGCACCCAAAGGAGAUACCCGAGUGAAGUCAAGCAAGUGUUACAAUUGUGGCAAGGUUGGUCAUAUUGCAAAGUAUUGCAAGACCGAGACAAAGGGGGAGACAAAUCUCGUUACUGUAGAUGGUGAAGAAAAGUGUGGAAUCCUGUUGAUGGCAAAGAGCUUGGAUACAGUGGACAUGGAGAGCCCGAUCCCAACAAUGGAUGAAGUGAACUCGGUUGAGCUUGAGGUGUUGAAGAAGGCGACUCAUGAAAAAGAAGAGAAAACAUCUAGUGUUCUUGAAGCAGACGAAGAGGAAGAUGAAGAUGUUGAGAAGAACCCUAUGAAGAUGUCGGUCGAGAUGGUUGAGAAAUCGCCUGAGGCAAGAGCGGCACAUGAUAACCACGCGGACGGAGCACAAGUGCGUCCAGCAGGAAGAUUUCAAGGUCACCUAUCGAUCUUCCGGUUGAAUUUGACGGCUGCGAUUAGGCCCGAGACGGGGCUUGUUUGGGUGAUGGUGGUGAACAAUGAAAUUGGAGUAGUUCAGCCGGUGGAGGAAAUUGGGAGAAUUUGCAAGGAGUUUAAUGUGUCGUUUCACACUGAUGCGGCUCAGGCGUUGGGGAAGAUUCCCAUUGAUGUUGUUGAGUGGGCAUAA